AUGUCACCUUUCUCACAGUUGAAAGAGUGUUUUCCACAACACAACCAGACAACGUUGGAAAUGGCCUUAGAUGCGGCAAGUGAUGAUGUUGAAAGAGCAAUCAAUUAUUUACUCAAUGACCAGGGAAACUCAGCAGUCCUCGGUGGCGAUGGUACCAAUCUUGGCGGCAAACCAUUGUCAAUUUCUACUCAACCGUGUAAGAUAGCAGAAAAUAGUUUGUCAAAUCCUGCGUUCCGACAGCCACUUAAGUUUCAAUUCGCUACUGAUACCGAAGUUAAAGAAGAGGCAUCAACCAGUCUAAACAUAAAAUCAGAACCUCUAGAGUUCGAAAUACUAGACAGGCUCUUGCCAUCAUCCACACAAACUAAAGUCAAUCCUCCUACAAUUGUUGACAAGACAGCUCGCAAAGCUCAAGAGGUGAUUCCGGAUAGUGAUAAGAUCAUUCCCACGACUGUCGAAACACCACUGGAUACUUUAAGGACCUUAUUUCCUUGUGCAGACCAAGACGAGUGUCGACGGGCACUUCAAAUUUGCGAUCAAAAUAUCGAGAGGGCCUUCGAACUAUUAGAAUUUCAGCAUCUAAAAGAAUUGAUCAGUGAUACCUCACAGGAUGACUCUACAAUAACCCACGAAAACAAUAUUGUCAAACCCACUCAAACAGGCCUGUCAUUCGACACAUCGUUAUCCCGGGAAGAAGAGCUCCAAAUUGCGAGAGCACAGAAGAAACGUGCCGUUUCGGAGCUGGAAGUUCCAGAUUUUUCAAUAUUGAGAAAGCGAAAAAGAAAUGAGCUAGCUCCUAAAUUAGAGACGGCAACGGAAUGGGUUCGUAAAUUUUACUCCUCCCAUAAAACCGGCGUCGCCGUUCAUUUAGGCAAUAAAGUCCAUCGGUGUAAAUUCCCUCGCCCUUUUAUAGAAACAACUCUCCCGAAACUUAGAAUCAUCGACAAUAAAGACUCGUUGAGAGUAGAACUUGGUAGUGAUCUAGAAGACCUUUUUGAGUUAGCUAUUCAGUGGUCGGUCUGUAAGAACAUCGAAAUAGACACGCUUCACUAUCAGACCCGGUCAAAGCAAUUCGACCUCAUCAUGUCCCUUGUUCUAUUCGCCAAAAAAUACGGUCUUCGUGGCCUCGGAAGUGACAUGGUCAAUCAUCUUAAGCCACUUCUCAUUAAGCAGCGAUCGGUCCUCAAACCCUCUCACAUCCGAGAUGUUCAAACACUAGUAUCGCCACAUCCUAUCCAAGAGCUCUUCGUUCAGGCCGCCGUUAAGCCUUACUUAGAGUUCAGAAUCGACCCGAAUCAUCGAGAGAUGACCGCAUCAUUUUCAUCCUCCUCUUCCGACGACGAUAGCUACAGAGACGAGGCCCAUCGUAUAGCAUUCGCUGGUAACCAUUUUAUGUAUGAGAAGGAGUUAAAGACUUGUCCAGCAUUUGAGCUCGAGCUCAUGAGAUUGGCUGGGAAGUUGUGGUGGAAGCGGGAGGUUACCAAGAAAUCUGGUGGUCGCGGGGGCAUGGGGAUCAGGACGUUUGUUAUUGAUCCACUGAAUGGUGAACAAAUCCUGCUUUGA